AUGGCGACUGAAAUGAGCGCGCAGGAUUAUGACAUCCUUGUUGAGAAUUUAGAUGACGACGAGUUGGAGGCGCUGUUAUUUGACGAGAUGCUCAAUGAGCGAGGCCCUCCAGCAACUUUCCUGUCGAAGGUGCGGUUGAAUCUGGCGGGUAUGACGGCAGAUGAAGCUCGCAAGCUGUUCAGGUUCGAGAAAAAGGACCUUCCUCGUCUGAGGUCUGCCCUCAGACUUCCUCCUCGGCUGUGCACAGCGAAUGGCACUAUCAUCGACGGAGUAAACGCACUCGCCGUUGCUCUGAGGCGACUCGCCUACCGAAACCGCCUGUGUGAUUUGGAAAUGCUGUUUGGUCGCCACAUGUCGACGCUUUCCUCCAUCUCAAAUCAGGUGAACGCGCAUAUCGCGACAACGUUUGGCCACCUGAUAAGCGGCUUCAAGUGCCACGACUGGUUGAACCUCGAGCAGUUCGCGAAGGCCGUGCAUGACAAAGGGGCACCACUACCGAACUGCUGGGGAUUCAUCGAUGGCACAGCAAGAGCAAUUUGCCAACCGUCAUCGGACCAGAAGGCAUAUUUUUCUGGCCACAAGCGGUUCCAUUGCCUCAAGUACCAGGGCAUAAUGUGCCCAAAUGGCAUCAUCGUAAGACUGGAUGGUCCAUACCAAGGGAACAGACAUGAUGUUGGCAUCUUACGUGACAGUGGCCUCUACUGCGACCUGGAGGAAUUCAUGGGGGACAGAUCCUAUGUGCUGUAUGGUGACCCAGCCUACCCGUUAAAACCGUUGCUACAGCGGCCAUUUUCGACUACGCGAAUAAGCCCUGAACAAGCCAUGUUCAACAAGAGGAUGAGUUCAGUGAGGCAGGCUGUGGAAUGGGGUUUGGAAAGGCCAUAA